AUGCCUGUGCCAAUGCCAAUGCCAAUGCCAAACACUGCCACUACGAAAGCUGCGAAACAAGCAUUAAGAAAGCAAUUCAAUGUGUCACUGAGUCAAGUAUCAAAGACAUCCGUCGAUAUUCAAUCUGCGAUCAUCGUUGACUCACUAGCACCCAUAUUGAAACCAUACCACUCAAUAGCAUGUUUCAUGAGCAUGGACCAUUCAGAAGUAAACACACAGGGUAUAAUAAAAUGGAUAUUUGAACAAGGGAAAUCAUUAUACUUACCACGUUGUACUAAUACAAGAGAUACACACCAAGUCAAAUUAAGAACACAGACCAAAGAUUUAACUAAAGAUCAUCCACAUUUAACUUUCCAUAAAAUGAAAUCAUAUGAAGAAGUCUUGAAUUUACAACCGCAGGGCAAAUACAAAUUAAGAGAACCAAUGCCCGAGAAUGUAAGCUCUUCUUCAUCAUCAGCGUCGGCAUCAGCAUUGUAUCUACCACCACAAUUAGACGUUAUAUUGGUACCCAGUGUAAUAUUCGGAAUUAAUGGAGACAAACCUGGUGCAAGAUUAGGUCAUGGAGCUGGGUUUUAUGAUGAUUUCUUUAAAAGAUAUCAAUAUUAUAAUCCAGAUAAAAAGAUGCCAUUAUUAAUUGGAAUAGGUUUGAAAGAACAAAUUAUAGACAACAACGCAACAUCGUCAUCUACUAAUGUACAAAUUCCAAUUGAUGAUCAUGAUUAUUUCAUGGAUUGUAUAGUGUCUGGAGAUGGUCAAGUUUAUUGGAUCAAUAAAGGAUAA